AUGGAAUCGAACAGCAGCAAUCGAGGUUCGACGGGGGCCUUGUCGAGUACUACCGGGGGCAGCACUUCAGCCGGCAUGCACCACUCUCUCUCGACGCCAGCAGGCGUAGAUUGCGGCGGCAGCCGGACGCCGCCAGCGACGCCCAAAAAGGGUGGCAAGAUGCUGGCUAUCAGAGUGCAGAUGCUGGACGAUACCGUGACCAUUUUUCAAGUGCAAGCGAAAGCAGUUGGACGAGUAUUAUUCGAACAAGUCUGUAAGCAGUUGCACUUAUUAGAAGCCGAUUACUUUGGUCUAGAAUACUCAGAUGAUCAUGGAACGAAGUAUUGGUUGGACCUCCAGAAACCCAUCUCCCGCCAGCUGGGCUUGUCGCUGGUCGACCCCCUCCUCUACUUCUGCGUCAAGUUCUACACCCCCGAUCCCGCUCAACUGGAAGAAGAAUACACCCGAUACCUGUUCUGUCUUCAAGUGAAAAGGGACUUGUCUCAGGGAAGCAUGCAGUGUAACGAGAACACCGCAGCCCUUAUGGCCAGCUACAUCGUUCAAGCCGAAUGCGGAGACUACGUUGCCGAAGAUUAUCCCGACCACACUUACCUUUCCAGUUACAAGUUCGUGCCCCAACAGGACCACGAAAUGGAGAGGAAGAUCAUGGAGAAUCACAAAAAACAUGCGGGCCAGUCGCCUGCCGAAGCGGACCUAAACCUAUUAGAAACAGCGCGCCGAUGCGAAUUAUACGGAGUUAAAAUGCACCCUGCCAAAGACCACGAAAACGUACCGUUGAAUCUGGCCGUAGCUCAUAUGGGUAUCAUAGUUUUUCAAAAUUAUACCAAAAUCAACACGUUUUCCUGGGCGAAAAUUAGGAAAAUAUCCUUCAAACGGAAACGAUUUCUCGUCAAACUUCACCCUGAGGGAUACGGCUAUUAUAAAGACACCGUCGAAUUUUUCUUCGAGGGUAGAAACGAAUGUAAAAAUUUUUGGAAAAAGUGCGUGGAAAAUCACGGGUUUUUCCGAUGUUCUUCAGUCAAACAUGUUUCACGACACAAAACAAGAGUACUAUCGAGAGGUAGUUCGUUUAGGUAUAGCGGUAAAACCCAGAAACAAAUAAUCGAAUUCGUGCGAGACAACUACGUCAAACGUCAAACAUUCCAAAGGUCGCAAUCAUUUCGGCAUUCUAGCGCGCACUCAAGCGCCUCCAACAUGCAUUCACAUUCGACAACUGUCGGGAACAGCAUUUCCGCGCAUCCUCUGUUACCUCUCGCUGACACCAACCUGAGCGACGAUAGCAAGAAGGAACUCCUCGAAAAAACCAAAGCCGAAGAUGCUAAAAUACGCGACAACAACAACUUCUACACUUCCACUCCGCUCAGGUCAGCUAACGGCAACGUUUCGGAACUUUCGUUGGCAGCUUCAAAUGGCAACUACAGUACCACCAAUACUCUUAAUAGCGACGAUAGUCCUUCUAAGGUUUUAGCUAAAGAACAGCUGAUGAACAGUAUCAACGCAAAUACGAUGGUAAAUGCUCAAUCAAAUCUUUCAAAAAUUGUGUUCAUUUCAGGCAACUCAACCAAUACGACAACGAUCAUCGCUGAAAUUGAAGGAGAAACAAAGAAGAAGUCGAAGCAUGUCGUUGACAAGACCUAUUACAUUGCAAAAGAGAUUUUAAUGACAGAACUGACUUACAAAAAAGAUUUGGAUGUAAUCAAUGUUUGGUUCAGGGAUGAAGUAGGAAAAGAAGAGCCUGAAGAAUGCCAAAUCCUCUUGUCACUAAUAGCGCCUUUGGCCCAGGCGCAUGGUCUCCUGGUGAAAGAUCUAGAGAAGAGGCUAAAGAGUUGGGACAUCAAAGGAGGUCCGAGGGCGGUACCAAUGGCGGAAAAAGUCGCUGAUGUCCUUCUGGCACAUCUUCCACCUCUCUUGCCGAUUUAUGAAGAGUACCUCGACGGCCACAUGCUAGUCCUAGAACGUCUCGAUACAGCUUUCAAACAAAACAACCGCUUCGAGCAGCUCUACCGCGACUUCGAAACUCAAAAAGUCUGUUAUCUUCCGCUCACGACGUUCGUUCUGAAACCUCUCCACAGGCUGCUUCAAUAUCAGUCGCUCUUGAAACGGCUUCUGAAUUACUAUGACGAAAACCACCCAGACAGAACGGACUGCAGAACCGCCAUAGACACGUUGAAAGACUUAAUGCAGCCAGUUUCGGAAACUCUGGAACAAUCCAAGAACCUCGCCACGUUGUGCGAGUUGCAAAGAGAUAUUGUCGGCUUCGACAAUCUGGUUCAACCUGGAAGAACGUUCAUCAGGCACGGGUGUCUCUUGAAGCAUUCGCGAAAGGGCUAUCAACAAAGAAUGUUCUUUUUGUUCUCCGAUAUUUUAUUGUAUACAUCACGAUCGCAAGCCACUCUACAGUUUAAAGUCCACGGACACAUGCCCCUUAGGGGUGUAUUGAUUGAAGAACCCGACGGCGAUUUGAUGUUUAACGGUUUGAUCAUUUAUGGCGGCAAUAGAGCACUAACUGUAGCUGCUAAUUCGUUGGAAGAGAAGGAGAAAUGGAAGAACGACCUUCAACGCGCGAUACAGAUGGCCAGAGAUAAAUCCGAUACAAAAAUUACAUAUUUGAGUCUUAAAAGUUGUAGUUCUUCGGACGAACACAUAGAUCAGGUUGGCAACAAUGACGUUGGCACUCAGACUAAACCGCAGGCACAGAGAAGCAACACCACUGUACACGUGUGCUGGCAUAGGAGCACCAGUAUUAGCAUGAAAGACGAGUUAUUGGCUGUGGAGAAUCAACUCUCUGGCUAUCUUUUAAGAAAAUUUAAAAGCAGCAACGGUUGGCAGAAACUCUGGGUGGUAUUCACGUCUUUCUGUCUGUUCUUCUACAAAGGUUGCAUCGACGAUUUUCCCCUAGCGUCGCUACCCUUACUGGGGUACACUGUCAGCCCCCCUUUGCGAGAAGACAUGAUCUCGAAGGACUACGUAUUCAAGCUGCAAUAUAAAAAUCACGUCUAUUUCUUCAGGGCGGAAUCCGAGUACACGUACAACAGAUGGAUGGAGGUGAUUGGUAGCGCCACUCAAAUCAGGAAGAGGAAGGCGGCAGUGGUAAACGAAAACCAAAUUGAAACUUCUUCGGAGAAGUAG